GUUGGACAAGAAAACAUGGAGGAUUUGGCUGUGGAGGUGUGCGGAAAAAAUGGGGCUUAUUAUAAGGGUUAUGUGAAGAAUAUUCACCAGGAUCAAGUAACGAUUGCUUUUGAACAUGAACAAAAUGACUGCAGGAGGGUUCCCUAUGAAGAAGUCCGUGUGCCACCCGCUUCAAAUCAACGAUGUGAUCUAUAUGUGGACGAUGAAGUUGAGGUGUUUACUCGAGACGAUGAUGGGGAGCCUUGUGGCUGGUGGUUGGCCAGAAUUGUUCACAAGAAGGGAGAGUUCUAUGUGAUUCAGUAUGCUGGAUGGGAUGCAACUUUUAAUGAGAUUGAUGACGCAUAGAGAGUUCAAGAAACAAUGUGGUGCUUCUUGCGUGUAUUACCUUGAUGAAUUAGCAGUGCUUGUUGCUUUGUCUCGUUCUGAACGCCCAGUGAAGUGUGCUGCUAUGCUUAGUGAAAUUCACUUCAGAAGUCUUAGAACAAAAAUGCUGCUACAGUCCUGGAUGGAUGAGACAGCAAGACAAGUGGAGACUGCGAAGAAACAGAUGGGUAUCGUUGAGAUGUUGACACUUCCCGAUCAUCUUAUGGGUCUUGCCAUUGGUGCCCAGGGCGCCAACAUCCAACAGGCUCGGAGACUAGCAGGGAUCAUCUCUAUUGAGGUGGAUGAGGAAAACUGCACUUUCCACAUCUGCGGAGAAAACGAAGCAAGCGUUAAAGAAGCCAGACGGUUGUUAGAGUUUGCCGAGGAGACUGUUUAUGUACCGAGACCUCUUGUAG